AUAUUCAAUUAGGUAUUUGAUUAUUUGAUUAAUUAAAAAGUUCAUUUAAAAGAAGAAAUUUGUGAGAGCUAAAAGUGUUGCAAAUGUAGGGUGGAGUCAAGCAGAUCGAUGGCGAAUAUGGCAACGGUCGGACGAAGAACGUAAAGGAGAGAGACAAUAAGCCGCCCACUGUCCGAAUUUUGUGUUUAUGAUGUUUGUGAUUGUAUCGUUUUUAAAAAAUUGUAUUCACUUCUUCUGACUUGUUCGUCGAUUUUGUAAAGUGAAAUGUCAGAUUUUUAAUUAGUUUAGUGUAGCCUUUUUUCAGAAAUUAAUAUUUCAAGAAAAAGUCACGAAGUAUGUGUAUUUACCUAUACUCUUUGUUGAAAUGUUUUGAGACAUAAAAGUCUGAAAAAUGUGCAAAUUUUAACAUUUUAUUGCUGUAUCCUGAUUGUUUCUGGAGCAUCUAAGUUUGGGUAAUUCCCUUUCGCCUUUUCAGAAUUGUUGCUGAAAUGACUGGAGAGGACACGGAACUCUGUGGCUUCGUAGAUGCGAAGCUACCAGGUAACAGGGGAAUGAGUCAAAGAGUGAAAAAGAGAUCUCUAGCAUCAUGGAAAGCCUGGAAGAGACAUUGGUGUGCUGUAAGAAAAUUAAGCGUCGGGCAUGGCAUUGAAGUUCUUCUAGACUGCAGUAUCAGCAGUGGAAAAUCUAUUGUACCAAAUGAAAAGGACAACCGAAUAAAAAUACCACCGAGUGCAAUGAUCUGCCGCACUGAAUCCAAGACCAAGCACUUUUCAUUUGGUAUAUUUUCCCAUAAAGACAAAAAGCCAUUGCUCUAUUUAUCUGCGGCUUCCGAGACAGAUACGCAGCGCUGGAUGGCAAGUUUAAGACAGCUUUUGAGACCAAGAAAGCAUCGAUUUUUGGAGGGAUCUCUCAGCAUCUCUAUUAUCGAUAAUGUGCAUUCCAGAUCUGCUGGCCUAAUGGGCCUUUACGGAGAUUUGGUUGCAAGUAGCAUUGGAGUGUUCAUAAAAGACCCUCAUUCAGGAGAAAUAGUGCAAAGUUUCGAAUGGCAGGAAUUCAGUCAGUUUCAUUUAUCAACCUCUGGUCGAGCCGAAGACGUAAAACGCAUAUGUGUUAUUCAUACGGCCAAGGAAUUUCGAGGCGGUGUUGGUGAACUUUACGUAUUUUGCUUAGAAGCUCAAAGAUUAUUGCAAGAUUUCGUAACGCAGGGACGAGGCCCAAAGCACAAAAUUUGUGCACAAAGACCUCUAAGCCGCAGUGAAGGAGAUCUCAGAGUAUCGAUCUACAACGAUGAAAAUAGUAGUGAUAAUACCAGCUUCCCGAUUUCGAAGAAUAAGGUCGCAUCUAAUUUGUUAAAUGCAGGACUCGGUUUGAUCAUGUCUUCGAAGUCCAGGACGAAGUCUCAUGUUCGAGCUGUAGAUAACGUUUACGAACCUGAGCCUGCGAGUGUCCCUACUUUUGUUGCGAGUUUCGAUCAACUAGAGGAACCGUGUCCGAGAAGGAUUUCAAAUAUUUCGAUAGCUUCGGGAAUUUACGAAGAGAUUCUAGAUGACGGUAAACCUGGGAAGAAUAUCACAUUACCUUCGAACUUGUAUGAGGAUCCAGAGGAUCUUAUUUUUAAUUCAAGUGAACUGCAAUUGCAACCACCACCAUUGCCACCACGACAUCGAUGUGAGUCGAAUUCAACGAGGAAUGGAAGUCUCAAUGAUGAUGGAUUACAUUCUGAAAAGGGCACGAGAACUGAAGCACCCAAUAUUCAGUAUGAUACGACACCUACUCUCGAAGAAAAAACACUAGGUCGACCUUUGAUAGACACUUCUGAUUACGUUCCAAUGUCACCGCGUCUGAAAGACAUCACCUCGCACAAAUCUGAAGAUGCAGGCACAUCACAAGAAGGGAUUUACAUGGUGAUGCGAUGAAAGAAUUGAUCAGCUAUAGUUGCAAUUUUCAGUUUAUAGGUUAUUAUCGAAUUAGUAAUCUUGUCAACUGUAUCUCUAUCGUUUUCCAACUAUAUCCAUAUCAAAUAAGUGCAAAUUUACUACAACGAAAAGAACUGCUUCGGACUAGGUUUACUAUUCCCUUCUCCCCAAAUUCCAAGUCAUGUACGCUCAAAGAAUGUCAUACAAAUAUUGUGACAAAUCAAAGAUCUGAUAUAUAAUUAUCUAUUUAUCAUGAUCCAGCAGGAGAAAGCUACUCAGUAUUAUAUUUUGAUAAAUAUGGAAAGAUAUUUGCGAUACAAUAUAUUUCUAUGCAUUUAAGAAAGCCCAAUAUUCCACCACUUUUGAAGGAACUCUUUUUAUACAUCCAUAUUCCACGACAUAUUUGAUACGAAGCGUACAAAAUAUUGUGAUAAUUUAUCGUAAACUGUCACUGAAAAAGCUCAAAUUAUCAUGGGAAUUGCAUUUAAUAUUGUAACAUUAUGCUAUCUAUUCACUGCCUUUGAUGUGUGCCUCUGGGUUGUUAAAAUUGAGCAACGAUAUUAUUUUAAGCUUUUAAGCCGAAAAAAAUUGUAAAUAAAAAGAAAAUACCGAAGUUACAUAUCAAAGUUCACGAAGUGAUUUUUCUCAGUAAUGAAUUAUGAAAUAAAAAUAAAUAUCGCUAGGAUCGAUAUACAUGCAUACAAAAAUUAAUAUCAAUUUGUAAAAGGACUGAAGUUUAAUAAUAUCGUAACUCAAUUUCAACUCGUUAUUGUUCUCUAGCUAAUAUCAUUUUAUGUGUGAGCGGUAUAAAAAUUAAGUUUUCGACCAAGGACUUAAUCAUUAUAAGCAUAUGUAAUACAAACUUGGUAUACAUAUGGGCAUUUCGUGAUAAACUUAACUGUUUAUUCGUAUUCUAUACACAUUAUAUACAUCACUAUAAAGUAACAUGAGGCCUAAAAAAUAAAUAUCGUUGUGUUCACAUCUCGCUGAUUAGUGAAAUAAUACAACAUUGUUCCAAGAUGCUCAGUAGAAAAUUCGGCUCAACAGUAUUUAAAGAAAUCUGUCAACAAAUAGUAUAUUGAAAAAUUUUGUUAACUUUCUUCGAUCUAAAAUCGAUUAUUAUGAAAUUUGAUUGUCAGAAGAUCCUAGAAUCCUCAAAUCAGAUUGGAGCAACGGCAGUUGAAAAUUAGUGUUACAAUGAAAAGCUCUAGGCUCAUUGGAAUUAAAAUAGAAUAAUUAAAGUAGCAAAGAUUUGGCUUAAAUUCUAAUUUAUUGUCGCGCUGCAAAGUUCUGACUUAAAAUGUAGUUUCAUAUCUUUCUAACUUUUCACAUGCGCAAACCAUUCCUAAAAAAUGGUCAAUAUUAAGACAUUUUAAAAACAGUUUUUGAAGAUGGCUUGCUUAGUCAAAACCUUGAAAUUGGUAAAAAAAUAUGUUUUUCUGUGAUAAUAUAACAUUCCACUCGUAAGAAUCUUCGCAAAAAGUUGGAAAGAACCGAAAAAAUGAAUCUGCGAAGUACGAAAAUGGAGUUUUAAUUAAAAUAAUAUACGCCUCGAGAGUACCUCUUUGACGUUGACAACAGCGCCACCUAGAAAGCAAAAUAUUGGAUAGCGCGAGAUAAAUAAAUAUUAAAAUGAGAAAAAGUA